UUCACGCGGGAUUUUGCCAUUUCACGCGCAGUUGUUCAUUUUGCAAUAAAUAAAAUAAAGUCGAUAAAUAUUUUAUUAAAACGUCUGGAAAAAGACUUUCUCUGGUCCAUGAAUACUCUACAGCACAGGUUUAUUCGUUAGCUUUGUAUAUCAGGAAAGAAGGUGAAAUAUUGUGGUGUUUACGUGUGAAAAAUGAUGAACCCUGAAGAGGCAGCCUCGUCAGGCGAGUUUAAACACGACGACGAGCAGGAAGGGGAGAAAGACAGUGCUGAAUAUGCUGUUCUCGUUGCAAACGUUAUUGAAGCAAGUAAAGAUGGUGAAGUUGUCAAGUAUACCAUACAGACAAAAGAGGUUUGUAUCUUAUAUAAGGUCAAGGUUUAAUAUAAUAGUUAAUAUAGUUAAUAUAGUCAGUAUUAUUAUGCAGAAUGGGUGUAGCCUGGGGUGGCAAAGAUUUGGUGGCAAAGCUAACCAUAUAGCAACUGGUCUUGCAAUGCAAACUGUUAAAUUAUUGUUGCAAACAACAGGUUUAUUAGCAUAGCGCCAUAGCAUGAGUAGCCUUGCCACUGCAUUUGACCACAGUUAAAGGGGAAGUCAAGUCCGUAAUGUAAACAAACGGUUUGUUUACAUUUUGAACUGCUGUAUUUUUUAAAAUAUGAUGUACUGUCUGAAUAUCUAACACCAUUUUGGUUCGUUAUGCUUCUACAUGAAUAUGAAAUAGAGUUUGUGUUCAGAAAAAUUCUAAACAUUCAAAAUUUGGGCAAUGUUUACCUCAGAGGGCCCUCUAUUGUUAUGCGCAGAACCGAUGCGCAGAACGGACUUGACUUCCCCUUUAACUGUGAUUUGACACAGUCUUAACAGAUCUACAUUAUCUUGAAAAUUGUGACCUUUCAUUGUUAAGCUAGCCAGCAGGGCAAAAGCUAUUCCCACAAAAUUAUGUCAUAGGUUCCAAGGGAAGGGAUUUUAACAUUUGAGUUUUGUAGCAAUGGGAUGGUUAUUAUCAAUUGUUGGUGUAAAAAUGUCCUCCACCAUUCACCAUAGUUUAUCUGGGAGUGAUUUACAACUGCAUAAGACAGACUGCAAGGUGAUUUUAUUAUUUUGCAGAUUAGAACUGGUGAGGAAAGUGAUGAAAGGGGUCAUAUUGUUGUGAGAGAAUUUGAAGAUUUUGAAUGGUUGGAUCAUUGUAUAAAAACAAAGAAUGAUAUCUCUGGAGUUAUUGUAAGACUCAGGACAUGCAACAGCGUUUACUACAUUUAUAUAUUGCUAACUAUAUGUUUCUAGAUGUUCCAUGUUCUAAAUCUUUCUUUUAUAUCGAUAUUAUCUUCCAUACUUUCUGCUAUAUCAACUCUAUCUUGUUUCCAUAUUUCAUUAGGUUCCACCAUUGUUAACCAAACGUCAUGUCACAGCUCUUGCUGCUGAGAAUAAAUCAAAGAAGCAACUUGGUAAAUGCUGUUAUGGCAGACAUUGUCUAUUCUUGUGUGAAUCUUUUAUGUACUGUUUAAUAAAUGAGCAGGAGUGUUUUAUUAGGUUUAAAGCCUAAUAAAACACGACUUGCAAGUUUAUUGAAGUAAUUGAACGGCUUCAAACACAACUACAAAUUCAAUAGAUUUACUGCCUUAUUAGUAUUCUUUAUAUAUAAAAAUACUAAUGAGGACACGACAACAAUAGAUACUGCCUUAUUAGUUAUUCUUUAUAUAAAGAAUACUAAUUAGGAGUGUUUUAUCAGGUUUAAAGCCACUGCACGUGACAUAUUAUAGUUGACAUGAUUUGCCAAUAAGUUUAUGAAUUAUUAAUGAGUGUUUGAAAUUUAUAAAGAGCAUUUGAAGUUUUGAAUUAGCUGAGCCAAUCUUAAUGAUCAGAUUAGAACCUGUGAAAUACUCUUGACAAAAAUUAAAGUUUAUUGUGCAAAUAUAGAAAUGGGUCGUUCCAGAAAAGAUCCAAGAUUUCAUCGGAGGAAAUUUCUGCCGUCCAGAGGGGGAGGGGAGAACAAAUUGUUUCUGAUAAUAGUAAAUGUAUUAGGACAUCCGAAGGGGGUAGGGGGGUUAACUUCCAAUUUCCUCUGUGGGGGUGGUAUGAAUGUUUUCUGGAAUAACCUAAUGAAUGUUCAAUAUUCUCACCUGCAAAUAUUCAUCUUUAGCUGUAAAUGAUUGGAGGCUGUAGUAAAUGCCACAGAUUCCAUAGUUUUUUCUGUAAUCUAAGUUUUAAACACUUCCCAGGGAACAAAACAAAAAGUAUGCUUGGGGAUGAGUUUACAAAGGAAUGCAGAAGUUUAGAAAAGUACCUCCAGUUACUGUUGGUUCAUCCUGUGUUUUCUCACGAUGAAAAUUUGAAAAAGUUUUUGAUUGAUGAAGAGGUAUUAUCUGAUAUUUUAACUGUUGAGUACUUCUUUCAUUCAUUGUGGUGAAGUUUCUGAAAAAUUGUUUAUUUUGUUUUAGCUUCCAGCAAGAGUAAAAGUGAAAAAAGGAAUUUUGAACAGUUUAUCCAAAACAGUUGAUGAAGUUCGGUUCCACUCCCAUAAAGUUAGUUUCUUUUUAUCAAAUUUGUUCUUUACCACUACGCACAAAGUUUGGUAAUGACUAAAUUUAUGUUUAGGAUAUAAAUGAUGAGUUUCAAAGUCGAAGAGAUUUUGUCAGUAAAUAUAGUAUAGACAUCAAGUCUUGUUCAGAGGUAAUGUAUAUAUUGGAUAUGUGGUACUGAUUGACAAAAGCCUUUGCUUUGAACAUCAAAGUGUUUUUUUAUCUUAUGCAGUUAGUUUAGAUACAAACCAAAGGCAUUGUAGAAUACUAUAUACCUACACUGAACUUGUAUGUUCCAGAAUAUAAAAUGCAACUGACUCAAUUUUUAAUUCCACGACAGGCUUUUACAAAGAUGGUCAAUUCCCAGUUCAGUAAGUGUCUGUUUAAAAUUGAAAUGACUUCACAUGAGUUCAGCUCGAAACAGUUGUAUUACUAAUAGAUGUGUGAUUUAACUUUCUGCUCCAGAGGUGGCCUCAGACCUGGCAUGCUUUGCAACUACAGUCUCUAAUGGUAUAACUGAUGGACUCAACUCCACAGAAUUAAACAGGUUUGCUUUGCACAUUUUCUAAUGAAGCAACAUUUGUGGUGGUCAAACUGUAAAAUAUAUUUUCUAUUAAAUAGGCACCUACUUGAGUUUUCAUCGUGUUUAGAGAAGUCUAGGGUAUGUGUUCAAAGUGUAUAUUAGAUAUUAUAAAUAAUUAUACUACUAUAAGAGGUGGCUGGAUUUUCCGUAAUACCUGGUCAAAAAUACCGCAAUACAGUACGUUGAUACAAGUAGGGCUUCUAAGUACAGUAUGAAAUCGAAUUUGCAACUUUUGCGCAAAUCACUGUAUAUACUGUACCUGAAAAAUUAACAUUUUACCCGCAAUAUGUCUAUAUAAGAAUAUGGUACAGUACAGUAUCAACGUGGGAUGAACAACGAAUGGGUCAUCCGGGGACAUGUGAAUAAAUAAGUGGUUGUUUUGCAGGAAUCGCAAAAUGUAAUGGCGAUAAAUGAUGAAAAGACGUUUGGAUUUACUGUAGAACUGUAUGCAAACUAUAUGGAUAGUGUCAAGGUUGGUUUCUUCAUAAUUAAUGAAGUUUGCUUUCGUAUCUUCCUGUAUUAUGGUGCCAUGGUGGUCAGUCUACAGUUAUCAGAGUGAGAAAAUAAUUGUUCAUCGUAUGCAGUAUAGUCUGCUGGCAAAGUCUCAGCCUUGGCUAUAAAGCCUCGCGGUUUUCGGGAUUAAGAUAUCGGCUUUAGAGACCUUUAUCAUGUUACUGAUGACGUAAUUAUAUAAAUGGUCUUUUAUAAAAAGCGAAAACGAGGCUCUAUAGCCAAGGCUGAGUAUUGAGAGAUGCAGUUAAUUCCUUGCUCAUUGCCUGCACGCGAGCUACUUGCUCAGACAAGUGUCAGUAUUUCUGAGGCUGACCACCGUCUACUGCAUCAUGUCUUGCUCAAACUCAAAGUGAAGACCAUUUCUUAUUCAAAAAUUGUAGAAACGUAACGCAUUAUCACUUGCGCGUUGAAGACUGCAGAUUGGCAGUCGAAAGCUCGUUUAAUAAAUCUUUAAAAACUAUAGAACGUCUAAACUAUUAAUAACCAUUUCUUAUGUUUUUAAUCUACUUCUUCACCAGAGUAUGUUUUUACACCGUACACAAAAGCUUGUCAAGUUAGAGAGUGCACAGAAAGCUUUACAGAAAGCGAAACCUCAGAAUCAAAAAGAGGUCAGUGAUUUUCUACUUACCCUAAUACACCCUUCCGGAAAAUACGUCACUUCUAUAACCAUGGUGACAUAUUUCCCAGAAUCGUGUGUCAUAACUUCUCAUAUAUCAUAUUUGGUUUUCCCAUAGUUGGAGGAAGCGAAAAAUACGGCAGAAAAAGAAUUUCAAGACAUUUCGGAAAAAUGUGAAAAGGAGGUAACACAACAUUUCUUUUUGAAGCAUAGCUUAAUAAUUUUUACUCAGGAUUUUUUGUUCCUGAUUUUCGCGAUCAAAUGGGAUGCGUAAGUAACAUUUGCUUAUAGCAAUAACCGGUCACAAUCAUGUUGUUCCGUGGUUUCUCAUUGUUUUGAAAGUCCCACUGUUCUUGAUCCAUCCAUUUUGAGGCAUAAUUUGAAUAUUUGGUGUUUUAGUUCUCAAGAUUUCAACGCCAGCGUGUCCUGUCUUUCCAAUCCAGUCUGACAAAAUUCACGGAGGCGCACAUCUCAAACGCCAGAGACACGUACGCGAUCAUGGCGAAAUUAUUAUCUGAUGUUAAAUCGCUUUGAGAUAGUAAGACAUUUAAUUUAAAUUUAGAGAGUAAACGGUAAAUUCCUAAAGAUGUUUUUAAUAAUUUCACAAUCACAACAAUUAUAAAUUAUGAGUGGCUUUAACAACGCGAAGGAAACGGAGGAAGUAUUUAUAAUCCAGGGGUCAUCCUAAGGCCUCCCAUUUUACAAAAUGGGCAGUUCUAAAUGUAAAAUGGAUAGUUCUAAAAGACUAAAACUUAAAUGGGCAAUCUCGUUCCCCGAGCCUGCGAUCCUUGGGAAGGAAUCGAAGGCUCUGGGAUAAUCCGUUACCGGAAGCCAAGAAUCCUGGCUAAGAUUGAACUACGCAUUCCAUUUCAAUGGCCAAUCAGAUUCCUCCCUGAAACGGAUUAUCCCAGAGCCUCGCGUUCCUUCCCGUGGAUCGCAGGCUCGGGGAACGAGAUUGUUAAAUGGGUAGUUCUAAAACCGAGUUUUCGAGCUUUAUAUGAAAAUUAGUUAUAAAUUAAGCGCCCAUACAGAUAUGUACAAAUAUCACUCUGAAGUCUGUGAAGACGCAUGAAAUGGACAUUCUGGACUUCUAAAAUUCAAAAUUUUCCGAGGGAGUAUGUCACAGGACCCUCCUAGCUACCCAGGAAUCCGUCUCUCGUUACAGCCACACAGUUGGCCUGUCUUCACUACCUCUGUUCUUGUCGAAAUGGGCAGUUCUAAAUUUUUCUUAGGAUGACCCCUGUUAUAAUCAGCGCAACAUUGUUUUUGGCGGGGAUUGAAAAUCCAAGGGCCUUUGGUUGAAUGCAGAAACUCUAAAAGAACAGAAGUAUGUCUAUGAGAACUGGCUGUCUUUUAAAAGAAAUCUGAAAAUUCAUAAUUUGAAUUAUUUGUAAUUAGAAUCAUUGAAUGCUUUAAUUUAUACAAUAGAAAAAUUGAUUUUGUAAAUCAAACAUAAAGAGUAAUAAGAUUAAUUUGAAUUCACGUAUUUAUAUUUUCAGUUAAUCCAUUCAGUUGCAUUGCGCCCAACUUUAUGCUGUCUAACAUAUUAUUUACUCUGGCUAACGCCCGACGAUUUUACUUGUCAAAGGGCUGGCACGAUAUUUCCGAUAUUCUGUGUAUAUCCAGUGAUUUUUAGUAUAUUUCUGGGCAUAAUAUCGCCCAACCAGUUUCAUUUCGGUAGAGAUUAACAAGAUUUCACCGUACAUUUACUCUUGUUCUCAAUCUCGUAUCCAGGGCCUGGGCUAUGAGAGAUUGCUCUUAUUUUAUAACAAGCGUUUAAUAAAGGGCCUAGAUUUCUCCUGAAAUGUACUGAUGUAUCUAAUAAGUAAACAAACAACAAGUUGAAGAGAAUAGAUUUAGAAUUGACGUUUACUUUAAGUUUUAAAUACAGUUAUUGUCCAAGUUGAAUUUAUAAAAAGUUCUAACACAUGGUUUUAAAAUAAUUUCAUAUACUUUAGAUUGUCCAGUAUUUGUUCACAUGCACAGUGAUCAUGAAGUGUUCACAUGCACUACAGUGAAGUGUUCAUGAAGUGAUCACAUGAUUAUUGUUGUUGAGCUGCAAGUUUUUGUUUUAAACUUUCUGGCAUUUGAGGUGGUGGUGGUCGGGGUAGUCGGAAUACAACUUUAACAGAGUCGUAGAUGAACCAUUGAGCUGCAGUUAGGGUACCAAUCAUAAGAAUACGAGGACCUAGACCUUUCCAUAAACCU